GAGGAGCCUCCCAGUCUCAGAAACGGUGGUUAGGGAAGCGGCCGGGAAUGAAGGAUUUUUUGGACAUCAUAUGAUGGAAAUACUCCUGGAAUACCGAUGUGAGAGUCUCCCUAUCCCUGAAGAAGUAGUCAAGGCAGCAGCAGAGAAUAGAUGAUUGGGUGGACCUCAAAUCAUGGAGCUUCUGUUGCAACGAAGAGGGAGGAGCCUCCCAGUCUCAGAAACGGUUAUGAGGGCAGCGGCCGGUAAUGAAGGAUUAGAUGGCCAUCAGCUUAUGAAGAUUCUCUUUAAGUAUCGAGGGAAGAGUCUUCCAGUCUCUGAAGAGGUAGCCAAGGCAGCAGCAGGGAAUAGAGCCUCCCAGUCUCUGAA